AUGGCUGGUGCCAUUGGGAAGAAGAAGGACAAGUGGUAUGAUCGUUGGAGGGUGAUCAAGCAAGAAUGGUGUGGAGAACAGGGCUUCCCGUCCGCUCAGCCGUACUUAAGCCACACGCCGGGAGGUUUGUUUGGAUUUGACAGGUCUACUCACCACCAGAACAAGACAGAAACAUCAAGGCCGUGCAUGAGCCGGACACCUGCUAUCCCUCGUCACGCUAGACUCAGUAUGAUCGUAUUUACACGAUUCUACAACCAAAUGACGCUGGAGCUCGACAGCGAGGAAUAUACAAUGGUGACACUAUCGUGA